AUGUCGGACACAAAGGUGUUCAACGAUCAGUUGACCGCUCGUCGUCACGAAGCGGUCAUAUAUACCCUUGCCUUGACGUUCAACGUGGACCUCAAGAACAUAGAAAAGGACCUCCAGGAACUGGAAGAAGAAUUCCAAGUUAAUAUCCAGAAGGUUUGCGAAAAGGCAUUCUCUAGGAGAAUAAUUAGCCUGUCUGUUGACGCCAUCAACUGGAAGGCAGAACAAUAUCUUUGGAAGGACAGAGUCAAAAGGGCGGGAAAGUCCCUGGAAGAUUAUCCUUUCUGUCAGCGAGAAUACAAAAUGGAUUCGGUUAAAAGCCAAAUCUAUGCUCAGUACCGCAGGGCCGCAAAGGAAGAGGAGAAGAAGAAGGCCGAAGAGCAGAAGAAGAAGGCUGAAGCGGCACAAGCACAGCCUUCUAGUUCGCCUAGUCAGUCAACUGACGCUGCUGUCGAGUUACCCCUCCGAGACAAAGCCAGUAAACCAGAAGGGGAAUCAGAACGUGUUGCCCUCGGGCCCGACGACAUCAGACUUCUUCAUGAUGAGGAUGAAGAAGAACCAAUGCUGAUGAUGCGCGACUUGGCUAAUAUCUGGCCAAGGCAGCUCAGAUGGCAAUUUACCAAGGAUGGUCGAAAGGUCACAAUGAACCUCCAAACCAUUGCAGUCGCCGUGCAACUUAUGCGCUGCAUGUUUGCCCACUCGUGGGGUAAAGACCCUUCUGGAGCAAAGAAGACAUCUCCUCUCGCGCGAAUGGCGUGGGUAGUGGAACCAUUCUCUGAAAGACAGAGACUCGAGCAGUCCAUGAGUUGUUGCAAGAUCUUGGAUACGAGAUCAAAGACAAACGAACUCGUCAAGCUCAACAACCACACCAGUAUCCAGUCGCAAAUGACUAAGUUCUUCAAUCGUAUCAGACCUUUCCCGCCGCCCCACAAGGGCACAAUACAGCUAUCGUGUACCUACCCGCCCUAUAUCCGAGUGCAUUAUCAAGCGGACAAGGACGAUGUCCGCAAAGACUUUUCUGAGUUCCGCUCGUUCAAACUUCGACAGGAAGCCGUCCCCAAGAUAUGCGAGACCGAGGAGUCAGCUAAAGAGCUUGAGCACCUACCUACAUGUAUAGAAGAGAAAGAAUACAUCUAUGCUCUCCUCGCUUGUUACUUCAACCCUGACAAGACAAACCCUUCUGGAGAGCUCAGAAUGUGGUCGAACCACGAAGUGCCUGUCUUGCCAGUCAUGAAAGCCUGCGCACCAAAGGAUCUGUUCAGUCAACAGACCCAAAGAAGCAUGGGAGACCCUGGUGUCAAUACUAUACGGAUUCGUCUUGAUUUUCUAGAGCGAGUCAUGACCUGGUCUGCUGAUUCGAAAGCGGCUCGGCAGCAGAAACGAGUUUCUGGGAUGGCGUCUGGUUCAGAAUCGAACUUUAGUUUCCCUCAGAGGUCCGAACCCCCGUCUAACCCAACGCCACAAGCCUCUAAAUUGCCGGAGCGACCUCUCAGAAUGCCGAGAACUGUCGAUGGGAAUUUGUCUAAGAUUGAUCCCAAAGAAUCCUAUGGCAGAGUCCAGCCGUCAUGUAAUAACAUCAAAGAGGAGCAGUAUGAUGAUGAUGAUGAUGAGGCGGAAUUCAAGAGAUCAUACCCAGUUUCACCCUCUCGAGAACACGGACGUCGGCCGUUAAGGUCGCAGGAAGAAUGUUAUGAGGCGUUUAGGAGGAGCCAAGGUCAAAGAGGCCGAAACCAUGGCGAACCAUGGUAUGAGCGCCGAGAUCGUGAUAAUCGGGAUCAUGGAGGUUAA